UAAAUCAUCUGGGUGUUCAUAACGGAGCUCCAUUCUUUGAUUUCUGGUUCGAUCCAAUACAAUUAUGAUGCCGUCUCUUACACUUUCACACUCCCUCCAGCCAUUUUUCCCUGGCAACCUUCAUUUUCCUCUUCAAAACUGCGAAACUGAACGAGAAGCGAAGCAAUUCCACGCUCUCUCGCUCAAAACAGGCUCAUUGAAUCACCCUUCGAUAUCUCCUCGUCUUUUGGCUCUCUAUGCAAAUCCCAGAAUCAACAAUCUCGAAUAUGCUCAAUCCCUCUUUGACUGGAUUCGAAAACCCACUUUGGUUUCUUGGAAUAUGCUCAUCAAGUGCUACAUUGAGAAUCAACGUUCAAAUGAUGCCAUUGCGUUGUUUUGCAAAUUGCUCUGUGAGUUCAUGCCUGAUUCUUUUACAUUGCCUUGUGUUCUAAAGGGUUGUGCUCGAUUGAGUGCACUACAGGAAGGGAAACAGAUUCAUGGGUUGAUAUUGAAAAUUGGGAUUGGUGUGGAUAAGUUUGUUUUGAGUAGUUUGGUUAAUAUGUAUUCUAAAUGUGGUGAGAUUGAGCUGUGUAGGAAAGUGUUCGAUCGAAUGGAAGAUAAGGAUGUAGUAUCAUGGAAUUCUUUGAUUGAUGGGUAUGCUAGAUGUGGUGAAAUUGAACUUGCACUGGAGUUGUUUGAUGAAAUGCCUGAGAAGGAUAAUUUCUCAUGGACUAUUCUGGUUGAUGGGCUUUCUAAAAGUGGGAAGCUCAAGGCUGCUAGAGACGUGUUUGAUCGAAUGCCUACUCGAAAUUCUGUAUCUUGGAAUGCUAUGAUUAAUGGCUACAUGAAAGCUGGGAAGUUUAACACGGCACGAGAAUUAUUCGAUCGGAUGCCAGAGAGAAACCACGUUUCAUGGAAUUCAAUGAUCACUGGAUAUGAGCUGAACAAGCAGUUCACUCAAGCCUUGAAGCUGUUUGAGGUCAUGUUGACAGAAGAUAUAUCACCCAAUCAUGCCACUCUCCUUGGAGCUUUUUCUGCAGCUUCAGGAUUGGCUAGUCUUGGGAAUGGAAGAUGGGUUCAUUCCUAUAUAGUGAAAAAUCGAUUCAAAACAGACGGUGUGCUCGGCACAUCGCUGAUAGAAAUGUACUCCAAGUGUGGCAGCAUUAAGGAUGCCCUCAGAGUUUUUCAGUCUAUUCCCAAGAAGAAAUUGGGGCAUUGGACGGCUAUAAUUGUUGGCUUAGGAAUGCAUGGUUUGGUGGAGCAAACUCUUGAGCUAUUUGAUGAAAUGUGCAGAACUGGGUUGAAGCCACAUGCUAUUACUUUCAUUGGUGUGUUGAAUGCUUGUAGUCAUGCAGGAUUUGCCAAAGAGGCGCGUCGGUACUUCAAAACAAUGACAGAUGAUUUUGGAAUUGAGCCUUCUAUUGAACACUACGGUUGCUUGAUUGAUGCUCUGUGUCGAGCUGGAUACCUUGAAGAGGCAAAGGAUACCAUCGAGAGAAUGCCCAUCAAAGCAAACUAUGUAAUUUGGAUGAGUCUGCUAAGUGGUUCAAGGAAACAUGGUAGCACAAGAAUGGGGGAAUAUGCAGCUCAUCAUCUGAUGGAUUUAGCACCGGAUACUACUGGAUGUUAUGUUAUUCUUUCGAACAUGUAUGCUGCAACUGGCUUGUGGGAAAAAGUUCGUCAAGUUAGAGAAAUGAUGAAGAAAAAAGGAAUCAGAAAGGAUCCAGGAUGCAGUUCCAUUGAGCAUCAAGGUUCAAUCCAUGAAUUCAUUGUGGGAGAUAGGUCACAUCCUCAAACCGAAGAGAUCUACGUCAAGCUGCAUGAGAUGAAAGAGAAGUUGAAUGUAGCGGGACACGUUCCCGACACGACGCAAGUUCUGUUAUGCCUUGAAGAGGAUAAUGAGAAAGAAGCAGAACUUGAAACUCACAGUGAGAGGUUAGCAAUAGCUUUUGGUCUUCUUAAUAUCAAGCAUGGAAGUCCUAUCCGCAUUAUAAAGAAUCUUCGUAUUUGUAAUGAUUGCCAUGCUGUGACUAAAUUUAUAUCUGAUAUUUAUAACCGUGAGAUCAUUAUCAGAGAUGGUAGUCGAUUCCAUCACUUUAAAAGUGGGUCAUGUUCUUGUAAGGAUUUUUGGUGACUUCAUCUCUUCUUAGUUGGUGGUAAAUCUUUCCUUCCUGCUUGAGCAACUAGCAUCAUGUUUAUCCCGCUGGGAGAAGGAAAGUUCGGAGAAGGUCAAACUCUGGGUGGGUUGCCAGGUUUCGCCUACACUAUGUUUUCACAAGAUUGAACAUUUUUUCUACAACUGAUGUAAAGGAGUUCCAGAGCACAAGGGAAUGGUCUUUCACUCCUGGGACCGCCUCAUCUAUGUACUCGGGCCCCUCUCUCGAAGAUGCUUGCGCGAUAUGAGAAAAAAAGCCAGGGUAGAGCCUCGGAGCCGGCCCAAGCGAAGGGAAAGCCAUUGAGACGGCAGACUCACCAGUCAGGCACACCGUGAGGCUGACUACAGCAGACCGGGAGGUUACAAUUCCUGUUCCUUGUCCUCAUGAUGCCAGGAAAAAAAAAAAACUGUGAAUAGGACGCAACAUUUGCCAAGAUGCAUGCUGAAAUUCUAUAUGUGAAAAGAAGACAUAGCACAGAGAACUUUGAACUUUAAUGGAUGUUUCUACU